ACGACAGCGACCCGGCGAGGCGAAACCGCGUGCGGGGCGGCGCCGCUGUCGUCGCCGGCCGUGCGGGGCCCGCGCCGCGCCGCGCCGUCGACGUCUAGAAGCGAAGCCUGAUCCGUUCCGCGCCGGCGCAGUAUAUAGCACGGGCCGAGCACCCCCGAGCUGAGCAACCAACCCAUCCAGGCUUUCUCUCUCUCUCUCAAGCACACACACGCACACGACACCAGCUGAAAUCUAGUUAGCUCGGGUCAGCAUCGUCUAGAGCAUCUCCAUGGCUUCGACGGCGGCGUCCAACCUGUGGCUCGGCGGGCUCGCCGCCGCGGUGCAGGGGGCGUGGCAGGCGGUGGCGGCCGGCCACGGCGACACGGGGGCGAGCCACCAGCAGCUGCAGCAGAAGAAGAAGACAGCGGCGGUGCAAGGAGCCGCCGCGGCCGGGGGGAAGAAGGCGGCGGAGGAUGUCGGGAGGUGCGGCGGCGCCAUGUCCGACACCACAGUUUACCUGCUGCUCGACUGGUUCGCGCCCAGCUGAUUAUUCUUCGCCGCCGCCGCCGCGACAGCCGGCAGCUCGAUCUGUGUAAAUAAAAUGCUGUAAAUAAAAAACUAGAAUUGAAAUGCCAUCUUGCAUUUUCGCUGGCCAUGCGCUUGUUCUGUAUCGCCGAACGUGCACUCAAAGCAACGCUGUUCUACCGAUCAGUCCUCUUUCAA